AUGGAGAUCCGGCAACACGAGUGGCUCUCGGCCUCCCCCCACGAGGGCUUCGAGCAGAUGAGGCUCAAAAGCCGCCCCAAGGAGCCCUCGCCCAGCCUGACCCGAGUGGGCGCGAACUUCUACAGCAGCGUCAAGCAGCAGGACUACAGCGCCAGCGUCUGGCUCCGGAGGAAAGAUAAGCUCGAACACUCACAGCAGAAGUGUAUUGUGAUCUUUGCACUGGUGUGCUGUUUUGCCAUUCUGGUUGCAUUGAUAUUUUCAGCAGUGGACAUCAUGGGAGAGGAUGAGGAUGGACUCUCAGAAAAAAAUUGUCAAAAUAAAUGUCGAAUUGCCCUGGUGGAAAAUAUUCCUGAAGGCCUUAACUAUUCAGAAAAUGCACCAUUUCACUUAACACUUUUCCAAGGCUGGAUGAAUUUACUCAACAUGGCCAAAAAAUCUGUUGACAUAGUGUCUUCCCAUUGGGAUCUCAACCACACUCAUCCAUCAGCAUGUCAGGGUCAGCGCCUUUUUGAAAAGUUGCUCCAACUGACUUCACAGAAUAUUGAAAUCAAGCUAGUGAGUGAUGUAACAGCUGAUUCAAAGAUAUUAGAAGCCUUGAAAUUAAAGGGAGCUGAGGUGACAUACAUGAACAUGACUGCCUACAACAAGGGUCGGCUGCAGUCUUCCUUCUGGAUUGUUGAUAAACAACAUGUAUACAUCGGCAGUGCCAGUUUAGACUGGAGGUCACUGGGACAGAUGAAAGAACUGGGUGUCAUCUUCUACAACUGCAGCUGCCUGGUCCUAGAUUUACAAAGGAUAUUUGCUUUAUAUAGUUCAUUAAAAUUCAAGAACAGAGUACCUCAGACCUGGUCCAAGAGGCUCUAUGGAGUCUAUGACAACCAAAAGAAAUUGCAACUUCAGUUGAAUGAAACCUACUCUCAAGCAUUUGUGUCGAACUCUCCUAAACUCUUUUGCCCUAAGAACAGAAGCUUUGAUAUAGAUGCUAUCUACAGUGUGAUAGAUGAUGCCAAGCAGUUUGUCUUCAUAGCUGUCAUGGACUAUCUGCCUAUCUCCAGCACGAGCUCACGAAGGACUUACUGGCCAGAUUUGGAUGGGAAAAUAAGAGAAGCAUUAAUUUUGCGAAGCGUUAAAGUUCGACUCCUUAUAAGCUUCUGGAAGGAAACUGAUCCCCUUACAUUUAACUUUAUUUCAUCUCUUAAAGCUAUUUGUACUGAAAUAGCCAACUGCAGUUUGAAAGUUAAAUUUUUCGAUCUGGAAAGACAGAAUGCUUGUGCUGCCAAAGAACAAAAGAAUAACACCUUUCCUAAAUUAAAUCGCAACAAGUACAUGGUGACUGAUGGAGCAGCUUAUAUUGGAAAUUUUGACUGGGUAGGGAAUGAUUUUACCCAGAAUGCUGGCACGGGCCUUGUUAUCAAUCAAGCAGAUGUGAACAACGACACAAGCAUCAUUAAGCAACUUAAAGAUGUGUUUGAAAGGGACUGGUAUUCACCCUAUGCCAGAACCUUACAACCAACCAAACAGCCAAACUGCUCAAGCCUCUUCAAACUCAAACCCCCCUCCAACAAAACUGCCACAUACAAUGUAAGCAGGAAGGACCCUUGA